AUGGGUGACAGACAUAUCAGAGAUAUUCUUUAUCUUCACGUAAAGCUGCGGCGAGCAGCUGUUGGGGAUACUUUUAUGGUUGUUAUAGACGAUAACGCCAGACCUCAUCGCACCAGAGCUGUUCCAGCCGUAUUUUGCUGCCUGGUAGCAGUAACAUACGCCGCUAUAGCACCUGGUCAGAAUGCCUACUUACCACCCAAAGAAGGUUACAACUAUCCCCGUCCUCCUGGUCCCAGUUUCCCACCACCUAGACAACCAACGCCUCCUAUCCAACGACCUUCUCCACCUAGACCUACCUACGGUCCUCCCGCUCUGGCUCCCACCCGUCCUCCACAAGCUACAGUACCUCCACCGUAUAGACCUUCUCCUAGUCCUUUCAGGCCUUCGGCUCCGGUGACGCCUUUCAAGCCUACACCCGCACCUCCUCAACCUUCAAGACCGUCUUAUUUACCUCCAUCACCACCGAGUCAGCCUCCGUACAGACCUCCAUCUCAAACGCCGCCGCCGUAUAGACCUCCACCAACGUCACCGCCUUUUAGACCUACCAGACCUCCAGUUACGUCACCACCUUACAGACCUCCAUCGUGGAAUAGUAUGACUAUUAAAUCUUCUAAUUUGGAAGAGGUCUAUCCAUCACAUGUCGAGAGAGACGAUUAUAGAGACGAACUCCAAAUAGUGUGGGAGUCAAAUUAUUACCCACUAAAAAAGCCCACCUCCGAGGAGUCAGCUCCUCCUCUUCUCUUCGCUUCUCCGGAACCCCCGUAUGGCAUUACUUCAG